ACAAUAGUUGAACAACAUAGUACCUAACAAUAAUAUCUACCCAAUAGACUAUUAGCUAGUAGUUUUUCCAGUCUGACCUCAACUAAACCUCAGUAUUUCUUUUGAAUAUUAGUAUCAUUUUUCUAAGUCAAUAACAACACUGAAGAAAAAAGUUUGGUACUUUCUUGAAUUAUCGGUAUAGUUUGCGCGCGACUCAACUAAUUGGACGCAUAAAAAGUAUUAUAACUUUUGUCCCCUUUUUCAGUUGGUGAUGGAGCGUUAUGAGAUUGUGAAAGAGUUGGGUUCUGGUAAUUUUGGAGUAGCAAAGCUUGUUAGUGACAAGAAGACCAAAGAGCUCUUUGCUGUUAAGUUUAUUGAAAGAGGCCAAAAGAUAGAUGAACAUGUGCAAAGGGAAAUUAUGAAUCAUAGAUCAUUGAAACAUCCAAAUAUAGUGAGAUUUAAAGAGUUUGUUCUUUUACAUGAAUGGACUCAACACUUCCAGGUAUUGCUAACACCUACUCAUCUAGCAAUAGUAAUGGAGUAUGCGGCGGGAGGAGAACUCUUUGCGAGGAUCUGUAAUGCUGGAAGAUUUAAUGAAGAUGAGGCAAGGUUCUUCUUUCAACAACUGAUAUCAGGCGUUAGCUACUGCCAUUUCAUGCAAAUAUGUCAUAGAGAUCUCAAAUUGGAAAACACUUUACUUGACGGAAGUGCUGCACCACGUGUCAAAAUAUGUGAUUUUGGGUACUCCAAGUCAUCCGUCUUUCAUUCUCAACCUAAGUCCACUGUGGGGACACCUGCUUAUGUUGCACCAGAGAUCUUGACAAGGAAAGAAUAUGAUGGGAAGCUUGCAGAUGUUUGGUCCUGUGGAGUCACCUUAUAUGUAAUGCUGGUUGGAGCUUAUCCAUUUCAAGAUCCAAGUGAUGCCAAAAACUUUACAAAGACUAUUGCUAAAAUACUGGGCGUCCGCUACUCAAUUCCCGAGCAAGUCCGAAUUUCCCUUGAAUGUCGCCAUCUCUUAAGCAGGAUUUUUGUGGCAGACCCUGAAAAGAGAAUAACCAUUCCAGAAAUUAAAAUGCAUCCCUGGUUUUUAAAGAACUUGCCAGUGGAACUGAUGGAAGGAGGAAGUUACCAAUGCGUCGAUGUAAAUAACCCGUCCCAGAGCAUGGAAGAAGUUUUGGCAAUAAUACAUGAGGCUAGAGUUCCUUUGCAAGUUCCAAAGGGUGGAACAUAUUCUUGUGGGGGCAGUAUGGAACUUGAUGAAUUGGAUGAAGCUGAUAUUGAAGAUGUUAUUGAAACUAGUGCUGAUUUUACUGGUCUAAUGUGAUGUGCAUACAAUGCUGUAAUUACCAAAAGGGUGAAAGAGAGCAAUCUGCAACUGUUGUAAUAUCCUGAGUAGACACUCAAGAGUUCACCCCGUAAUUUGCUGAUAGUUUUUUUUUUUCGCUCUUCCUUCUGACUAAAAGGUGUUUGCUACUUUUGAAACCUUGGCCCAGUGGAGAUGUGCUCUUUAGAAAUAUACAGUUGUCCCACAAGAUAACAACAGUUUUGGUUACGAGAAGCCCACAAAACCUGUGUACAUCUUACCCUCCCAGACCCCUCGUGUGGGAUUACACUUGGCAUUUUGUUGUUGUUUAAGCUCACACCACGUAUCAAAGUAUGAAUUUGGAAUUAGAUGUUCAUUUUUGCAA